GGAGAAGGCAGGCUCUUGGGACCGGCGCCUUCUCCUUGCUUGUUGGGGUCGUGGCCUUGCUCCUGCCAGCCCGGGAAGCGACCCGGCUUUCACGCGCAACUGUGCGCGUGGGUCCUGACGUGCUCGUGGGUCCACGCUCGGGCUCUGCGGGGACAGAAGCAGGAGCCAUGGGCGGGACCGCUAGCACGCGCCGGGUCACCUUUGAGGCGGACGAGAACGAGAACAUCACGGUGGUGAAGGGCAUCCGGCUUUCAGAAAAUGUGAUCGACCGGAUGAAGGAGUCCUCUCCAUCUGGCUCUAAGUCUCAGCGAUAUUCCAGUAUUUAUGGUGCUUCAGUUUCUGAUGAAGAAUUGAAAAGAAGAGUAGCUGAGGAGCUGGCAUUGGAGCAAGCCAAGAAGGAAUCAGAAAACCAGAGACGCCUUAAGCAAGCCAGGGACCUAGAACGAGAGAGGGCUGCAGCCAACGAGCAGCUGACCAGAGCUAUCCUGAGGGAAAGAAUAUCCAGCGAGGAAGAGCGCUUGAAGGCAAAGCAUCUGGAUAUUGAAGACAAAGCUCGGCUGCUGGAAGAGAAAGACCGAGUGAUACGGAAGCAGGAUGCCUUCUACAAAGAACAGCUGGCCAGACUGGAGGAGAGGAGCUCAGAGUUCUACAAAGUCACCACCGAGGAGUAUCAGAAAGCUGCUGAAGAGGUAGAAGCCAAGUUCAAGCGAUAUGAAUACCAUCCAGUCUGUGCAGAUCUGCAGACCAAAAUCCUCCAGUGUUACCGCCAGAACACCCAGCAGACGCUCAGCUGCUCUGCUCUGGCCACUCAGUACCUGAAUUGUGUCAACCAUGCUAAACAGAGCAUGCUGGAGAAGGGAGGAUAAAGUUACCCCUGAGAACAUGCAAAGCUCCUUCAACGUGAAUUCCGGAGGUGGAACAUUUUUCUUUCCCUAAUAAGAAAAUGACCCAACUAAAGAAAAGACCACUAAAGACAGACAGGCACUGGAAAAUGGACUCAACAGAAUCAUAAUGUGUUUUGAUCAACAGUUUAAAAAGCCAAGGUCUAGAUCAGGGAUCAGUCAUCAAAGAACACUGUUAAGUGUUAAUGAAACCCACAAAAUAAAUAAAAGAAAAAGGCAGUCCACCCCACCCUUUUGUACUUUUUUUCCAACUUCUGCUGACAUGAAAUGUUCUCUUCAGUCCAGGCUCCACCAUUAGUGAGUGACCUCCACUCUGAGAAAGCUGGGGUGGGGGGUGGGGGUGGCAUUAAACCACUUCAAAUGGAGGGACAGCAAGAAAGCACUGGCUAGGGCAACAGUGUAGUUGCCUGAGUUGCGGGGCCAGAGUGUGCUCUCUUCUUCUCAUUAUGUAGGACCUGUUUCAUUGUAACUUAUUGUGAUGAUCAUGCAAGAAAUACGGAAAGGAGAGAAAAUGUACCUCUUUUACUGGAAUAAUAUUUGUGAUUGCAAGUGAAAUAAGGCAUCUUUAUCAAUAUAAAGGCAACAUUGGCUUAUACAGCCUCUGUAGUGAAUACUGACACCUUCACUCGCUAUCAAUAAUAAAUCUAUUUUCUGACAAAGACUGCAUUUUA